CAUGUGAAGCUCUGGAGGAAAGUGACUGUUUUAGUGUCUGAUGUUUGUGGAGCUUCCUCUCCUGAACAAGCUGCUGCUUCACACACACACACACAUACACAAACAUUCAGACAUAUGUAGUUCUACAUGUUUUCUUAUUUUUUAUCUGUGAAAUUAGAAAAUCAAAGCUGAGUUCUCUCUGGAGCUCCAGCAGCAAAUAUGUUUGCUUAAGUUGUUCCGGCUUCCUGUUAUUUUAAGUUUUUUCCAGAAGGAUCCUUCUACACGCCUUUUAUUCUCUAUAUUUUAAACAAGUAUCAGGUUUUGUGUGAAGCUCGAGGUCAGAGCACCAUGAAGGAGGAGAUCGCCGCCGCCGUGUUCUUCGUGGCUCGGCUGGUGAAGAGGUACGGAUGUCUGGACGCCGACGGCAGGGAGCGCUUCGCCGCGGCCCUCACCUCCGUUCUGUUUGAGAACUACAAGAACCACUGGCACCCCAACGCACCCAGCAAGGGACAGGCCUACAGGUGUCUCCGUGUGAACCGCGUUCAGCUGCAGGACCCGGUUCUGCAGCAGGCCUGCGACCGGGGCGCCGUGCGGAGCGACGACCUGGGCCUCCCCCAGGAGCUCACGCUGUGGGUCGACCCCGGAGAGGUGUUCUGCAGAUACGGUGAACAAAGCACGCCGUUCUGCGUCUCGGUGGUGGAUAGCUGCCGGCGUGCCGAUGGGGAAUUUUCCCGCCGCAUCCAUGAAGCCGUGGAGCGGGCGAGCCUCGACGUCCAAUCGGGAAGCUCCUCGGACGAGGAUGAAGGGGGCGGAGACAGCAGCAUGAGCAGCUGCAACCUAUCAACGAUCUCCGUUUCAGUCGCACCAAGCAAACCCAAAACCAUCCCGACUGUCAGCAACCCCAACAGCGUCUACCGGUUCAGUGAGUUUACUCCGGGCGCCCCUCAGACCUGGCUGAGGGAGAAGAGGAAGGCCUUUACUGCCGAUGCGUUCCCACCACACCCUCCUCACCCUCCACACCCUCCUCACCCUCCUCCCCCGGUUGGAGGUCCGACCCUCCAGUUCUCCAUCCAGAAGGGCUUCAAGUCCAAUCGAGCCUCGUUCACCUUCACCGGGCCUCGUGUGGACAAGUACCACUGGGUCAGCAAAUCCCGAUAGAACGGCCCGAGGCGUCGACCUCGAACCCAACUCGGGUUCAUCAACGCGACAUCGACCCGUCUGAGGGAGAAAAAAGAGACUUAAAAGGAUAAAGUUUACUAUUUGUGUAUGAUUUAAAGUGUUAAAAAUUUAAAUUAAUGCUAUUUAAGCAUGUUUUUAAACAUUCCAGUAUUUUAAAUGAUUAUCCCUUCUAUGUGUUUUUGUUCUUUUAACUAAAAUUAAAGUAAGUGUGAAUAAAGUAACAUUGAACUGUCGUUGAAAAGAAAUAAAUGCGUCCCGUCAGCUCUGCUGGUUAUUCUAAA